GGAGAGCUAUGUAUGAACCUGGCGGAGGAACGAUCACAUGGAUCUAUUUUUAGUUAUUUCACUGAAAGCAAUACCGCCAAUGCUUCUUCGUAAUAGACGCCUCGCUGGCUUUAAAGCGCCUCUGAUCAUUCAUCCAGAACUGGGUAUUGUAAACCUUCGUCUUUUAUUGUGUAAAUAUUUGGCCUGUACAUAAGGAGAACGGAGGAAAAGUCUGCAAAAAAGACAAAACAAAGCAAAUAACAGCCAAUAGUUCGCAAGAAACAACUUCCAACUGGUGCUUUUUUUUUCUAGAAGAGACAAAAACGAUUUGCACAACUUCUGGAUUUGAAUCCUUUGGAUUUUAAGCAAAUUCUCCUGUGGAUUGCCUUACGUCUGGGCAAGUGAUCUUCCCCCCGCAGAAUAGCCCCUAGCUGUCUGGUUCCUGGAGCGCUAGCUCUUCUUCCUCCCUAGGACGUUGGUUUUACGGGAAACACUUCCAAUGAUGCCGUCCAAUGGCACCAUUCUCAACACCAGCAGCCCCAGCCCGGAGCCAGACCUCCUCCAAACGCACAAGCAGGGAGAAGAAGAGCCCAGGGAGCAGAAGAACAAGGAGGAAAAGCACGACAUUGGGGGGUCCAUAAAGAGAGUGGGACGACCAGGCAGGAAACGAAAAACAGAAAUGGUGGAAAGUGUCAAUGCAUCCAAAGACGUCAUCUCAGUCCCUAAGUGCCACAUGUCCUCAACCACCAGCCACAUGGGCCUCGGGCACAACGGAGAAGUGGAGUCUGUCAACGUCCAGCUGAAGCCUGAGACACCGACUCCGGAAAGGGGGAGCCCAGAGCAAAGUCCGCACGAGAGGAAGAAGUGUGAGUACGAGCAGGAAGAUCUUCUGGAAAGGGACACUGUGCUAGAGAAUGGACGAUGUACCCUGAGCGAUGGGUUGGACCCUCAGGAAGUAGACGAUGAUGUGCUCAUGCUGUCUGCCCCUAAGAAGAGAGGCCGCCGGAGCUUGUCAGACAACACAGAGAAAAGAGAACAGCUGGAGAGAAGAGGACAAGGCUGGAUUUGCUGGACUGAUAAAGAGGAGAAAGAAGAAGAAGAAGACUACGAAGAAUCGGAUGAGUCUCCAAAAUCCGAGGGAUAUCGGCGCCGCCUACGUGGAGGCAUGGGCUGGGAGUCGGGACUGCGUCAACGGCCAAUGCCAAGGCUUCCUUUCCAGGCUGGAGACCCUUAUUACGUCAGCAAGAGGAAGAGGGAUGAGUGGCUGGCCAGGUGGAAGAGGGAGGCUGAAAAGAAGCAACAGCUGGUGGCCGUCAUAAACGCCAUGGAGGAAACGGUGUCCAGAGAACCUCAGAAAGAAGAAGAGCCCACCCCACCACCCUCCCAGCAACCCACAGAUCCGGCCUCCCCCACUGUGGCCACCACUCCUGAACCUGCUGUUGCUGAAGCUGGAGACAAGCCUGCCUCUAAAUCAGCUGAUGAUGAAGGAGAGUAUGAGGAUGGCAGAGGCUUUGGCAUUGGGGAGCUGGUCUGGGGCAAGCUGCGUGGCUUCUCGUGGUGGCCCGGCCGAAUAGUUUCCUGGUGGAUGACCGGAAGAAGCCGAGCGGCAGAGGGUACCCGCUGGGUCAUGUGGUUUGGAGAUGGCAAGUUCUCUGUGGUUUGUGUUGAGAAAUUGCUGCCACUCAGCUCAUUCGCCAACACCUUCCACCAGGCGACCUACAGCAAGCAGCCAAUGUACAGAAAAGCCAUCUAUGAGGUGCUACAGGCGGCCAGCACUCGAGCCGGGAAGGUUUUCCCAUCAUGCCCUGAAAACGACGAGACCGAUUCCUCCAAAUCGAUAGAACUCCAGAACAAGCAGAUGAUUGAAUGGGCCCUUGGUGGCUUCCAACCAUCCGGACCCAAGGGCCUGGAGCCCCCUGAAGAGGAACGCAAUCCGUACAAAGAAGUUUACACAGAAAUGUGGGUGGAACCCGAAGCCGCAGCUUAUGCCCCUCCUCCUCCUGCCAAGAAACCUCGUAAAAGCACAGUGGAGAAGCCGAAAGUGAAAGAGAUCAUUGAUGAGCGCACGCGAGAGAGGCUGGUCUAUGAAGUUAGAGAGAAGUGCAGACACAUUGAAGAUAUCUGCAUAUCCUGUGGCAGUCUGAAUGUCACCCUGGAACACCCGCUAUUUAUUGGAGGAAUGUGCCAAAACUGCAAGAACUGCUUUCUAGAGUGCGCAUACCAGUAUGAUGAUGACGGGUACCAGUCCUACUGCACCAUCUGCUGUGGAGGGCGGGAGGUGCUCAUGUGUGGGAACAAUAACUGUUGCAGGUGUUUCUGUGUGGAAUGUGUGGACCUGCUAGUGGGACCAGGCGCAGCUCAGGCAGCUAUCAAAGAAGACCCCUGGAAUUGCUACAUGUGUGGGCACAAAGGGUUGUACGGGUUACUGCGACGCCGGGACGACUGGCCCGCCCGUCUACAGCUCUUCUUCGCCAAUAAUCACGACCAAGAAUUUGAAAAUCCAAAGCUUUAUCCUCCGAUACAAGCUGACAAGCGGAAGCCUGUCCGUGUUCUUUCUUUGUUUGAUGGCAUUGCUACAGGUCUAUUGGUGCUAAGGGAUCUCGGGAUCCAGGUAGAUCGGUACAUUGCCUCCGAGGUGUGUGAAGACUCCAUCACAGUGGGGAUGGUGCGACAUCAGGGCAAGAUAAUGUACGUCGGAGAUGUACGCAACAUCACCCAUAAGCAUAUUCAGGAAUGGGGUCCAUUUGACUUAGUGAUCGGGGGAAGCCCAUGUAACGAUCUUUCCAUCGUGAACCCAGCUCGGAAAGGUCUGUUCGUCUCUCCAUCAAAGCCAAGGGAGCCAAGAAAGUUUCCUGUCAGAAGAGAGGGCACCGGACGCCUCUUCUUUGAGUUCUACCGCUUGCUGCACGAAGCGCGGCCGAAGGAAGGAGAGGACCGGCCAUUCUUCUGGUUGUUCGAGAAUGUGGUGGCCAUGGGCAUUAGCGACAAAAGGGACAUUUCUCGCUUCCUAGAGUCUAACCCAGUUAUGAUCGAUGCAAGGGAUGUUUCAGCCGCACACAGGGCCCGUUACUUCUGGGGUAACCUUCCCGGUAUGAACAGACCUCUGGCGUCCAUGGUGAAUGACCGACUCGAUCUACAAGACUGCCUGGAGCAUGGCAGAAUAGCAAAGUUUAGCAAAGUCCGAACCAUCACCACUAGGUCCAACUCCAUCAAGCAGGGCAAAGACCAACACUUCCCUGUCUUCAUGAACGAGAAGGAAGACAUUCUCUGGUGCACCGAGAUGGAACGGGUCUUUGGCUUCCCAGUCCACUACACAGAUGUUUCUAACAUGAGCCGUUUAGCCAGACAAAGGCUUCUGGGAAGAUCCUGGAGCGUCCCUGUCAUCCGUCACCUCUUCGCCCCUCUAAAGGAAUUUUUUGCCUGCGUUUAACUCACAAGGUAAAAGGGACCUGAAGCUGAUCACCCUCUCCUCCCACCUACCCCACCCCAACCUUCCAGCUCCCCAGAACCUUUACCAAUCCUCACCAAGUCUCACAGCUCUACCAGAGGACGGAUUGAAAACUGGGAAAGAAUCAAUCACCCGGUGGUAAAAACCGUACCACCAGCGACCAGGAGCGGCUGGGAGAGUCUGAUAUCCGAAUGGACACUUCUACGUAACUUCUUGUUCCAUGUUACACUCUCCUUUACAUACGUCUAAGUUUAUUUUUUUAAGUUUUUACUUUGAUAUUUUGUAGGGGGAGGGGGGAAUAUUUUAACCCCCCCACAGCCCCAUGUUUUAGUAACAUAGGAGCCUGUAGAUCUUAUUUAAGACGUCACCAAGAUGCGUGCGCAGGUUCCGGUUUUAAAUUUUAGUGCAGUUUAGGGCAGGGUCGGGCAACCUCGAGCUGAGGAACUACAGGGUUCACCAGUCAUUGGAGGGCUCUUAAGUUCCCCCUAGUUUUGUUGUUUUUUUUUAUAUAUAUAUUUUUGUUUUCUUCUGCCCCGGUGCUAAGCGUUUUAGAUGUUCAUGUUUAGUUUUCUAGGUCUUUUAAUGUGCUUUACCCGCUUUCCUGCCGAGGGGUGCCUGGAAUAAGUGGCUGCAAAGAGGGUUAAGUCAAAACUACAGCGCAAUGCAAACCAGACCGCAGAGCCACAGCUCGCGGACAGGAAACCCAAACGUACCUAGCAGCACAAGUAUGGUGGUCUACGUGAGUCGCACAUUGUGUAACCUGAGACUUUCCUUCUCUAGCACACCGAGGCCGCGUCUUCUAAGCGGACACAGGUGCACUUUAGCAGACGUAGCCUCCCGAUGUCGUCAUACGAUGUCUGUGUUUUCAUAGUCUGGUUCAACAUUUCAAGCGAUGAGUAGAAAAAAAGAAAAGAAUACAGAUUUUAAUUUUAGAUGUUUUCAUGCAGGAUAAUUGUUACAAUUUUGGCAAAAAUUACCCAAUAUUUUUUUUUUUUUUACAGUAUUUCAGGUGCCCCGUGCCUCAUGGCCAGGAUAAAGCAGUUUUUGCAAACAGCUCAGACCUCUAACACUGUUUACAGAUAUACUGUAUGUGGAAUCACAGGAUAUAUAAACUCUGCAAGUGCGUGCAUGCCAUCCUAUUCUGUAUUAAGAUUAUACAGGAUUUAUAUAGCCCCAACACUGAUUGCGGCCUGGUGUCCCAUAUUCCUCUGGCUUCCGGUGGACUUUAAGGUCCUAUAACGGUGCUUAUAUCUUAUUAUGUUAUUUGAUCUUCCUCAGUUUGCUGUCUUCUUGACCAAUAACAGCCACUGGAAGGGUUAACAGGCCUCACCUAUAAUCAUCAAAAACACAUUGGAAUAUUAGUCCUGCUGUAUAAGUCCCACUCCUAACAUACAUAAACAGUAGCCUUUUUCUCUACAGGCAUCCAUGUUGAAUUUCAUGGCUGUUGCUGGAACAAGUCUGGCGCAUCCUGAAGCAGUUUAGCCGAUGGUGCAAAAGAGGCGGCCAUGUUUGCCUGUCUCACUAGGUUAAAUUGUGUGAUUAUAACUGAACAUGUGCGCGUACUUGCAGAGAUGACAUACACAAAUCAUGGUACUACUUACUACUACUGUACAACAACUUCACAUGGUGCUUUCCAAAAGUGGGAUGAUUAAAAACAUUGGCAUCCAUGGUGCCUUAGCGAAACGCUGUGCGGAGAACUUGUUACCCCUUCGAACUUGUGCAAUGACCUGGUGCUUCUAUACAAGACACGUGCCUAAAAACACAGGGAGAUCCUCUGGAGCUUCUAAGACAAGAGAUACAAUGUCAUCACAGACAAUAAAAUUCCCUAAUGCAGUUA